UUUGACUAAACCAACACAAACUAAAUUUUCCUUUGUUUUCUUACGUUUUCCCUCUUACCAAACACUAAAUUUUCCCUCUCUUUCUCUCCAUUUUCUUUCGUAAUACUCGGAGCGUAAAAAGAAAAAAAAUACUGUAAUUACUUUCUAGACGAUAACUAGAGAGAGUGAAGCCAAGAACUUUCUGGAAUUUUUAAUCUAACCUUUUUUUUUUUGUUUUAGUUCAGAGAGAGUGUUUUUGAAUUUCAUCGUUUGUUAAUUUCUUCUUUAGUUUCCUUUUUUUUGCUACUUGAUUCGGUUAAUGAUCAAUAUGUGAGAUUUAGCUCUUUGAUAGUCGGAAUUAGAAUGAUGGAGCGGUUAAUCUCCGUUUGUUUACAGUUGAUUUUGGUGUUGGAUUUGGUUUUCAGAGUUUCAGGAAAUGCGGAAGGUGAUGCUUUGAAUGCAUUGAAGAACAAUAUGGCUGACCCUAAUAGCGUUUUGCAAAGUUGGGACUCAACCCUUGUUAAUCCUUGCACAUGGUUUCAUGUUACAUGUAAUAGUGAAAAUAGUGUAACAAGAGUGGAUCUUGGGAAUGCAAAUCUAUCUGGUCAAUUGGUUCCACAGCUUGGACAGCUUCCGAAUUUGCAAUAUUUGGAGCUUUAUAGUAAUAACAUAUCUGGAAUAAUCCCCGAGGAUCUUGGAAAUUUGACAAACUUAGUGAGCUUGGAUCUUUACUUGAAUACUUUAACUGGACACAUUCCAUCUACUCUGGGCAAACUUCAAAAACUACGAUUCCUGCGUCUCAACAACAACACGUUGGCAGGACAGAUUCCUAUGCCUUUAACUACUAUUAUGUCACUGCAAGUGCUGGAUCUUUCAAACAAUAAGCUAGAAGGAGAUAUUCCAGUUAAUGGUUCCUUUUCACUCUUCACUCCCAUCAGUUUUGCUAAUAAUCGGUUGAAUAAUCCUCCACCUGCUCCGCCGCCUCCUAUCACACCUACAGCUCCAAUUCCAUCAGUUUCAUUACUUGUAGGUAAUAGUGCCACCGGUGCUAUUGCUGGAGGCGUUGCUGCUGGUGCUGCCCUGCUGUUUGCUGCUCCCGCAAUUGUCCUUGUUUGGUGGCGAAAAAAGAAACCACAAGAUCAUUUCUUUGAUGUACCUGCUGAGGAGGACCCAGAAGUUCAUCUAGGACAACUUAAGAGGUUUUCUUUACGUGAACUACAAGUGGCAACGGAUAAUUUUAGCAACAAAAACAUUCUGGGUAGAGGUGGUUUUGGUAAAGUUUAUAAAGGUCGCUUAGCUGAUGGUUCUCUAGUGGCAGUAAAAAGACUGAAGGAGGAGCGCACUCAAGGUGGAGAGUUGCAGUUCCAAACAGAGGUGGAAAUGAUAAGUAUGGCUGUGCAUCGGAAUCUAUUACGUCUUCGUGGCUUUUGCAUGACCCCUACUGAACGGCUGCUAGUCUAUCCCUUUAUGGUUAACGGUAGCGUUGCAUCCUGUUUAAGAGAGCGUCCGGAAUCUCAAGCACCACUUGAUUGGGCUAUAAGGAAACGGAUUGCAUUAGGAGCUGCAAGGGGGCUUGCAUAUUUGCAUGAUCAUUGUGACCCUAAGAUUAUACACCGUGAUGUAAAGGCUGCAAAUAUAUUGUUGGAUGAGGAAUUUGAAGCAGUUGUCGGAGACUUUGGGCUGGCCAAAUUAAUGGACUACAAAGAUACGCACGUCACAACUGCUGUUCGUGGCACAAUUGGUCAUAUAGCUCCUGAAUACCUAUCAACUGGAAAGUCAUCAGAGAAAACUGAUGUUUUUGGCUACGGUGUCAUGCUUCUUGAACUCAUUACAGGACAGAGGGCUUUCGAUCUAGCUCGGCUUGCAAAUGAUGAUGAUGUCAUGUUGCUUGAUUGGGUAAAAGGGCUUCUGAAAGACAGGAGGUUAGAAACGUUGGUUGAUGCUGAUCUUCAGGGUAAUUACAUAGACCGUGAAGUAGAACAGCUAAUCCAGGUAGCUCUUUUAUGCACUCAAGGCACCCCAAUGGAACGACCAAAGAUGUCCGAAGUGGUCAGGAUGUUGGAGGGUGAUGGAUUAGCCGAAAGAUGGGAAGAGUGGCAGAAAGAGGAAAUGUUCCGGCAAGAGUUUAACCAUAACCACCAACCAAAUGCUGAUUGGAUCAUUGCAGACUCCACUUCUUACCUCCGACCAGACGAAUUAUCCGGUCCUAGAUGACCCCAUUUCUACAAAAAUACAAAACACUUCUGGCGGUCAGAGUUGGUGCAUUGUUCACCAUUUUGUGGAUAUACAAUAUAGGUGUCUCAGGGUUGCCAACUGCAGCAGUCAAGAAAAACAUUAGGUGCUAUAAAAAAAAAAAACUGACAAAAACCGAAAUGUUAGUGUUGACUGUUUACGGGAAUACAUACAAUAAAUGAGUUACCACAUUAAAAAUUUUCGAAGAUGCCAUGCUUGAAAAGCAAGAAGGUAAAGGUAUCUGGUCUCCACCUUUUCUCGAUGGUUGUAAGCAGCGACGGCCACAUUGAAAAAUAAGGUAUUUCCGUCAUCUUUAAAAAAUUAGCCGCGUCUAGUAGCUCUGAAUUGUUACUCAUUUGAUAUUGAAAAGUUUAUAUUUCGUUUGUAAAUAACACAAAAACAAAAUAAUCAAUGUUUUAUGUUGAACAAUAUAAAAAAAUUAACACUAAAAAAAUUUACCAUA